CCAUAUCACAUUGCGUUUCACUCUAGCGGAUACUCUGCCUGAGGGAUCGACGGUUCCCAAAAAGGCCAGCAGCUCAGAAAGGAACUAUACUCCCCGGUAUCCGGCCUCAUAUCAUCAUGCCCCUUGGUAUCAGGACUUUCAUCAGCAGAAACAACAUCAAGUAUAACUCGGCCUGGGUCUUGUCACUCCUGGCCACAUCACUCGUUCUCACUUGGCCUCAUCUCUGCCUCGCCAUUCCUUUACCUCAGCCUAACUUGUCUCCGAGAGGCAACAACAACCCAUUGAACAUCGAUUGGGAUCCCGCUCCGGCACCAGAAGACGGCCCCCCAUUGUCACGAGGUGCUAUCCGUGACCCGGCCUAUCUCCCAGCACAGAUUGGCGGCAUUGUUGGUUCGUACGCGGUAUCAUUGGUCAUUGUCGCCACCCUUCUUCUUGUGCUUUCCAAAGGACGGCGUCAAGCUUUGAUCAACGCCGACCUUCCGGAAGAAGACAAGUACCUCGACUUCAACCCUCUCCCGGCAUAUCUUCAGCAAUCCGAGGAGGAGUUUAAACAGACACUUGCACAGUUCCAUCAACAAGAACUCGGAGAGCACUUCCUCCAGCAGCAAGAGUACGGACAAGUCCCGCCACCACUUCCUACGCUGCAAAUCCCACCGAGCCCAUACAGGAACUGGGGAUUCAGAGAAUCACCACUUAGCGCCAGCAGAUCACACUCAGUCAUCUCUGCUGGGUCACCAACCUCGACGGUUCUCGCAUCCGGUUACGAUCUUUCAGUCGACCAGACGGUGAUCCAACACGACAGAGCCAUGGCGCAACAACAGCUAGAAGAGAUGUACAGGCAUGUGAUGGAGCAAGAGGAGGCAAAGGCAGAGGGGAGGCAGUACAUACCACCAAACCUACCAAGACCCUCGGUGUCAUCAUUUGCUUCCCAGCAACCGCAUCAACAAGCCUCAGCAACACCAGGAACUGUCCGCAAAAACAAGCCUUCCAAUCUCAACCUUUCCAAGGAAAAGGAGGAGAAGCAAUCCCGCGGCGCCUCUUUCCUCAACUUUCUCAAAUCCCCCAAGAAGAACAAGGCGCCCCAAGGCCUCUCCAUCUCCUCGCCCAUCAUGACCCCGAUGUCCGGCACUUUCCCCCGCGGCUACCACCCGGACGUCGACGGGCAAGAGAUGAACUCGAUCCCUCCGCGUCACUACGCCCCGGCCAAGCCACCUCCCAUCCCCUCGGACGUGCUCCCCUUCCGCCGUCAACAGGCUCAAUACCCCAGCCCCGACAUCUCCCCCGUAAGCAUUCAGUCCAUCGACCAACGCAUCGACGUCGCCCUCCACCAUCCUGCAAAUCACGGCGAGCGCGAAGGAGCUCGCCCAGACGAGCGUCUUCCCUCGCACAUCCGCGACCCCUCAGCAGCCUCCAACGCCUCUUCCCUCACGGGCGACGCCUACCUCGCCGACCCGCCCUCUGCCGUCUCCGACCGGUCCACCUCGGGUCUCGUCUCCUCCGGCACCGUCGGCCUCCCCUCCUCCCCUCGCCCCGGCGCCAACCGCUUCCCCUCUCUCGACUCAACCCGCACUCUCCCCGCGUCUCCCAAACCCGGUGCUUCCUUCUCCUCUUCCCGCUCUGGCGCCUCCUCAACUGGAAAAUCCAGCACUCUCCGCCCCAACGCUCCCGCUCCUCUCAACUCUCUAAGCGGGAACGCCUCCGCCUCCUCCUCUGCCGUCCGCGCCGGCGGCGCUCUGCCCCUCCGCGCUUACGAGCCUUCCCUCGCUAGCCCCACCAGCGGGUCGCAGACAACCAAACAGACGGUAUUUACCCGCCAAGUGCCGGGCCCUCUGAGUCCGGGCACUGCUGGCCUCAGAACGCCGUGGACGGGCGCGCCCGUGCCGUAUAGUCCGUACCAACCCUUUUCGCCGGUGGUGCCGAUUACCCCGUCGUUGGUGACCAAGGCGGAUAGGAAGAGGAUGAAGAAGUUUGAGCCCAAGACGCCGACGGUGGAGAUGGUGAGGAGUGAAGAGGAGAUUUGGUAGGUGUGGGAUAAAAAGGGGAUGUGGAGCGAAAAAAAAAAGAAGAAAAAAAAUUGCAUGGUACUGGAAUUUGGGAUUGAUAUCUUUAGGAUGGAUGGAUGGAUGGUAGCAUUGGGCGGAAAGAUUGGGGGUAAAAAACAUGGAUGGGUGAUGGAUAAGGUAUAAGUGGCAUGAUGGAUGGAUGGCAUGGACGGUGAUGGUGAUGGUGAUGGCGAUGGUGAUGGUG